AACUCUUUUCUGAGUCUUGAUCCUUUCUUUCUGAAGUCUUUAUUUGAGCUUUACCAACCUGCGCCCAAGUUGCUCCAACGCUGAUGGAGCCCCCUGGAUCUCCUACAAUACGCUCGAUGAAACCAACUUGUCACGGUCUCAGGCUAAGCACAUGCUGGUUCAACUAGCAUUGAAACCAUAGUCUCCCGUGCCCAGACCACUGACGGCUCUCUUGGGAAGAGGGGGAUGGUAUGUAGGUAUUCUGAGAUGGUGCAUCGGGCAUAUGCUACCCAUGGACGCCAAUUAAUCUCACACCUGCUGACGAGCCGAAUUUGACGCGUUCGCCUCACGUUCGUUCGGUUACUGCCGUGCGCGAGUACAGUACCUGCUAGUAUGUAUCCCUAGCUUUUCCAUCAUGGACUUUUCAGCAUACCGAUUGCCAACCAAAGGAUUCAUUCACGAGGACGAUCAAUCAUCUCUUGAACUUUCCCCUUAGCUUGCAGACUCGAUCGCAUCCUCACCGUCAGUGUCUCUAUCUCUGAUUCACGUCGAUAUUCAUCAUCCUACCUAGGUAGCGGACCUUUAACCCUCGCUUACGUCCUGACUAUGUACGUCAAUAACGCAACGACGCAUUGGGAUCCCACCAAACAUCUGUACUUUCUCUCGGUUCCACGUCUUCCAACGGAGAUCGCUGAGCGGGCCAUUGAUAGCAUCGGAAAUGCCAUUGCAUCCCACUACAACGAUACUAGAGAAUGCCGAGCAUUGUAUGGGAUGUUGUUCAACUGCGCGUUGACCUGCAAAGCUUGGCGUCCGCGCAGUUACUUCAAUCUUUAUCAUUGGCUCAGACUAGACGACAUCGAACGCCGGAUCGAUGCAUCCCAAAGGCACUCUCAUCCUGGGGGACUUAUUGAGACCCUUCGGACCCGGCCUGAGCUUCUCAUGGCUGUCCGUGCCUUAGCGAGUUAUCAAUAUUCCGCUUCAGAGGCGGCACCUGUAAUGCUUCUCGUCCGGCUUCCAAUGUUGCAAGCAUUGCGCCUGAUUGACUGCAAUGACACCAUUCAGCAUAAGUUUUUCUUCAAGAACAUGUCCUCUUUGGCCAACAAGCUUACCAUGUUAACUCUCCGGGGCAUGAAGAUUGACGUCGGGGACUUCCGGCGACUUUUACAUAUUUUGCCCAGACUGUCCUUUCUGGAAGUCAACUACGAUCUCAUCAAACCUUCCACUUUUACACAAUAUCGCACCUUGCGACCGCUUCCUACGUGUCUGUUACGCUCUCUAAUCAUUACUUUCCGUGAGGAUGGUUAUGGGGACUCCGAGCCCGGUGCUGUCGCUACACUAUACGAUGCUCUUGCGCAAGUGCAAUCGUCGAUAUCCCGGCUCGUGACACUCCGGAUUUUGAUUUCUUCAAAAUGGGAUGUACAGGCACUCCAAUUGAUUCGGCAAGCCUCAUCCAUGUUAGAGAUGAAUGUUUCCACACUUAGUCAUCUUAUUCUAACCCUGGGAGGGUUUGACGCAUAUUACCGAACUGGUGCACUCAGUACGUUAGUCAUACCCGUUGAUACACUAUGUUUGGAUAAGUUACAGAGCCUCGAUCUCGUUUCUAUGAAGGUGGACGGCCGAAUACUUUCACACCUCACGCAGAUAUUAUCAGCUACUGCCUCGACCGCGUUAGAAGAUAUAUCCAUCUACGUCUCCGCUUUCACCAACUUGAACAACCCAGACACUGUGUAUAUUUGGCAGGCAUUCGAUGGUACAUUGAACAGCGAGCACUUCCCACGUCUUCGGAAAGUCUCAAUUCUCUGCAACCUCCUCGAAGCAUCGAUUGGAGAGCUUUUGCCGAGGUGUCUGGAACGCGGUAUCCUCGUUGUGUACUCAUCCCAUAAUAAUGUCAAUUUCUCGGAUACUAGUCAGCAACGGUUCUCUCGCGGCAUUCAACUGGCCGAUUCAUACUAUUGCCAGUACUUGCUCUUGUAGGAAGAUCCGCCUUACGCACAUAAGCGUCAGGUUCAAGGCUGCCAUGACUGGAAUGGUGGUCGCAUUUCUCACAGCCUUGCCAGUAGAUGCAUCUCCUCGCACAAGCUGAUAUAGUCCUCACCGGAGCGUCGUCCUCCAUUAGGAUGGAAACCAUGUCAGGUUUCGUACGAUGUUAACUGGUUUCCAUUGAUCGGGCCACUGAUCCUACGUUCAUUCUCUGGCUGCUGUUUUACGUCCUUGGUAUGCCUAGCUGCAUGCAUAGUCUGUACAUUCAAGAACAAAUUGAAGAGUACACCCAAUGCCUUCACCACCGUGCUUACCCAUUGAAAUCAUCGAGUGUAUUAUCGACCUCUUUGUGGAUAUCAUCUUGGGUGGCCCUCGAUCUGUGAUUGCAAAAUGAUAAAUAAGACAAAUGCCAUGACACUACAGUCAGUAUAGAAAGU